GGUUGGGGUUGAGAGGGGACAAAAAGGCCAGCAUUAGGGUAGGAGGUUCAAGUGAACUGUGCCCAGCAAAGCAGGUCAUCAAUAUACUUCAACCUCAGUGUCUUCAUUUAUUUACAGCCAACCAGCUCUAUGCACCCUCCUUUGUCACUGAGGCGUCUUGGUGAGGAUGGUGAACAUAUUCGGUCUGUGUGGCUUCUCCAUUUUUGCCAAGUGCUUAGAGUGACCUGUCAGGAUAUUUUUGCAUCUUUAAUGACCUGAGUGCUUGUGGACUGUGUCAAUUUUAUCUUGCAUUUGAAAGCCACAGAUUAGUGAACCCUGCAGCCAAGUUGAAUGCAGAGUCCAGAGCUGUUAAUAAGCCUGAGGAGGCUCUCUCCUUAGUUACCCAAAACAUGUGCUAAAGGAGCAGAGAAAAUCAGCUGGCUGAGACACCUAUCUCCUGUCACAGAGAUGGGAGACCUAAGAUGCCCAGCGGGGGCAUCUCAGUCCAGGGCAAAAUUCUUUAGGGUGUCACUGAAUUGCUUGCUUACAUCCUUUCUCAAACACCUUCUCAGGUCUCAGGGUGACCUGUUCAUGUCUUGUCACAAUGCACGUUCACUUGUGUUCAUUCAUCUACCCACAGGGACCUCCAAGGAGCCACCACCCACUCCAACCAGCCUCACAAAGAAGCAAGUGAAGCAGAAGGUGAAGAGCCUGACCACUCAGCUCCAGGUGAUGACCGCCCAACGCAAUGAUCUGAGAGAUCGCCUCAUCUUAGUAACUGAAGGAUCCUUGGACAACAGGCCCUACCACAGGCCAAAUCCUUUCUGGGAAAAGCUCAAAAUGGAACACCAGCAGGUCAUGUCAGACCUGCAGAAGUUUGAGAAUGAGAAUUUGGAGGCCUCACAGAAGCUCAGUGAGCUGACCAAAGAUAAAGUCUUCCUUUUUAGGGUUGGGAUGUUGAGGCAUGGUGUUGUGGGUGACCAGAGGUGGCUGACCUGGUCUUACCAUUUGGAGUGUGUUUCCAGUGAUCUGCAGAGCCGGCUCCUGAUGGAGCAGAGUCAGCUCAAAAAGAAAUUGGAUAUGCUGAAGCAAGAGAAGGAGAACCUACUGGAGGAUUGGGUUGUGCUGAAGCACCACUUGGGUGACUUGCAAGUGCUCAGGAAGGAUCAAGAAGAGAUCAGUGACCUCCACAACCAGCAACAGCAGGUAGGGACAGGGAGCUGGGUCACAGUUAGGUCCAGCACCAUUUACUUAUGUAAACUUACCCAGUCUACCCAUCCAGACACCUGUGCUUUAUCUCAUCACUUUCCUCAUCCAUACACCCAUCCAUCCACCCACUUCAUGACAUAAAAUUGUUCAUCCUGUGUUUGUGCAUUAGUAUUUCUGAGAAGUGAGUCUCCUCUGAGAAUCUUGGUCAUUGGCAUGCAAUCCCUGAUACUCUUCUUGAACCUGUAGUCAAUGGGGAGAAACAGGUCAAUCACUCAUCACACAGCUACAUGUCAUUAUGAUGGGAGGAUUGCUACACACAGAAUUGAGUUCAAGAGUAAAAGUUUCUCUAACAAUCUCCACUAGUUCAAGAGUAUGCCCUCGUAGGCCAUUUUAGUUCCCAGGAAUGGAAAGCUGAGUUUUGGGACUUUGCUUAAAGGCUGGUGUGCUUAUUUUAAAGAUAACUGCUCCUCUAUCACUUUGUUGUUUUCGUUUUCACCCCUUUCUCUGUCUCUCUGUGGUGUGUGUGUGUGUGUGUGUGUGUGUGUGUGUGUGUGUGUGUGUGUGUAAUAGAGGCAUGUGGGAGUGCAGUGCAUAUUUCAUGUGGAUGACAGCUAGAGGAGAUCACUGGGUUUCUCACUUUGUCAGUCUCUGUCUUAUGAACUUCAAGCAGGCUUUCUCAUGUGCCCAUGAGCUUGAAAUUUCGUGAGAUUGACUGACCAAUAAGCGCUUGAGAUUCUGUGUGUGUGCUUGCACAUGUGUGAGAAUGUAUUGACUAUACUAUACUCAACCCUCCAAUAAGGACACAAUCUUGUAAUGAACAGGAGCAGCAAAGAAUGGAAGAGAGACUCCAGAGCUUGCUGAAGCAGAGGGAGCUGGUUACAGAGCAAAAACACCUGGCAAUAAAGCUGCAGCAUCAUUUGACUGUCUCCCAGAUGAGGUCAGAAAAUCUCCAACAUGAGCUGGAACAAUCCACAGCUCAGGAUGAGAGCCUCCUGCCGACAGAGCUGCUGCAGCAGGAGCACUAAGUGUCAUAAGCAACACCCUUUAUGAGAACUGAGGAGGCUGAAGGAAUCCAUAGUCAACUAGAAACCCUGACAUUCUCCACUCUAUGAUCAAGGCCUCCUCAGAACAAGACAUGUACUACUACUAGUUGUGAAAUCACCAGUGAGGCAAAUAUCAUCUGCCCUGAAGGUCAUCCAUCCAUAAUCUGAUCCAUGAGUCUGUUGACUCACUAGUUAUGGAAUAAAGAAACCAUCAAGAAGAUGCUUGAGAUUCAAAAAAAUAAACACCAAGAGUUAUGCAGAAAAAGCUGACAUCUACCAGCAAGUGUCCCCAGUGAGGGCCACAACAACAUGGAGAGAGAAUAUGUUUCCACUCAUAGUUACUCUGAAAGUUUAUUGCUACAAACUUUUGGUAGCUGACUGAGUGUUGAGCCCUUCAUAUGUGGAGGAAGAUAUGUCAACAGAGACUGUGUUGAUGUCAUGCUGCUAUCCACACAGACCACAACAAGGAAGCAUCAUAAUUACUCCAGUCCAGUGUGGGAACUACUCAAUUUCAUUCCCAGGUGAUGGUGAAGUGAAUUGUUCUGAGAGAUGAUUUAGGAAGGAUGUCACCAUGAGCUGUUAUGUCUUUUGGUAACAGAUGCUCCCCGUGUCAUUUUUUGCUCUUGAAUGGGCACACAGACACAUGUUGGCAGACAGAAUCAUAUAGUGGCCAACAUGGCAUAAGAUCAACUUUGGCAAGGACUUAACCUAGAAGCCCCAAAGUGGCAUGAACACACAUGUCUUGAAGAGGUUAUUUCAAUUCAGGGUUGUCUUCCAACUUGUUUCCAAAGCCAGCCACAGAAUGUAGGACA